UGGCCGGAGCCCUGGCUCGCGCAGUAGCCACACGCGGGGGGCGCGGCGGCCGGCUCUGUCGGAGCGGAGCGAGGGACUCGAGGAAGGUUCCUGCAGCCCCAGCCAUCCUGGAUGUCCAUCUCCUAAAGUCUGCAGACGGAACGAUCCGCCGCAUCUGGCUGCCACGCUCUGGCUCUCUGUGGUUCUGGACCGCCGCUCCGUCUAAGGACGGCAGGCGGUCUUUACUAAAGCGUUAAACACAGCGUGAGGUCAUUGCGCAUAAGCUCUCAGAGCUGCAGGACCUUAGAGAUGACCGCUACCACGAUCGCAGCGCUUCCCACGGUCGGGCCCUACUCCAAACACUUCAUGGGUGCUGAAGCGUGUAUCCCUCACCACGGUCCGAGCAUGGAUUUUGAUGGCUCUGAACAAGAUCCUGAAAUGAAGACAUAUUCUACUGUCUGUGUUGGCAGAGAAGACGAUAUUAAAAAGUCUGAAAGAAUGACAGCUGUUGUCCACGAUAGAGAAGUGGUCAUUUUCUACCACAAAGGAGAAUAUCAUGCUAUGGAUAUUCGCUGUUACCACUCAGGAGGACCUUUACAUUUGGGAGAAAUAGAGGAAUUUGAUGGACGACCAUGUAUAGUUUGCCCCUGGCAUAAAUACAAAAUUACUUUGGCAACAGGAGAAGGACUGUAUCAGUCUAUAAACCCUAAAGAUCCAUCAGCAAAACCCAAGUGGUGUUCCAAAGGAAUAAAGCAAAGGAUUCAUAAAGUGACAGUGGACAAUGGGAAUAUUUAUGUGACUCUUUCUGAUGAGCCUUUUAAGUGUGACUCUGAUUUUUAUGCCACUGGAGUCUACAAAGUAAUUCAGAGUUCUUCCAGAUAAAAUUAUAUGACAAUGAAAAA